AAUCGUGAUAAGGAUAUUAAAGAUUCAACAAACAGAUCAGAUGUACAUUGCUAAAGACAAAAAUUUGUCUUGAUUCAAGAAGUUCAAAUGUGUGCCAUGGAGGGUGCACACCAGAGUGCAUUCUCACAACAGUGAAGAUAUAGGUUUUGACGAGCGGGUGGUGCGUGGCUUGGAUGUAAUGCCUUCCGGCAACUUGAAACCAGAGAAUGGAGUUAACGUUGAAGAGUUUGAUGAGAAAAACAUUUACCGUGCAAGUUACAACUUAUAUGUUCAGUGCUACUAUGCCACCUGCUGUGGAGACGCUUGCAAGAAAUUACCUAGAAAUCCUGUUGUCGUUACCAUUGGAACGGCUGAAAGGGCCAUUGGCUUGAUUAUCAGUCUUACACUUAUUUUGACUAUGAAACUUAAUAUUGUUAAGGAAAUGACAUUAUGUUUUCGCAAGACUAGCAUCAACAUUGCCAAGGAUGCAAGCGAAACUUUUGAGCUGAUCUUGUAUGUUACUCAAAAGAAUUUGUUUUCCAUUGUGCUCUGCAACCAGAUUCUCAUUCUAGCCAUCAAUCAUGACUUUCUUCUUUGAAAUCAAGAAAUACCCACUUGGUUUUUGGUAUCCAUCUCAACAUAAAAGAUAGCUUGUGAUACACGACUUGAAAGGUAGAGUCCAAACUAAGGGAAAAGUUUGAAGAAAAAGAAGUACAACUU